UUCGGUUGUCUCGGUGGUCCAUGACUGACCUCUGUUCAGGAACGGCGGACAAUCGAAGAGCCAGGUGUUGGUGAGCUUCAGAUCGCCGUCCACACAACCGGCAUCUGCGGGUCGGAUGUCAGCUAUUACAAGAAGUUCGCAAAUGGCGACCUCUGCGCUUGCAUGCCGCUAUCGCUCGGCCACGAGUCGUCGGGUACCGUUGUCGCCAUUGGGCCCCAGGUAUCGGGCUUCAGCCUUGGUGACCGCGUCGCUCUCGAGGUUGGCAUCCCUUGUGGCACGUGUGGCAUCUGCCGCAAGGGGAGAUACAACCUGUGCAAGAAAAUGAAGUUCAGGAGCAGUGCCAAGUCAGUGCCGCACUUCCAGGGGACACUACAGGAACGAAUCAACCACCCUGCUGUGUGGUGUCACAAGCUCCCUGACAACAUCUCGUUUGACGCCGCUGCCCUUCUCGAGCCAUUAUCAGUCGCCAUUCAUGCCGUGAACCGGGCCCAGCCAACUCCUGGCUCUUCAGCCUUGGUCCUCGGCGCCGGCGCCGUCGGUCUUCUCACAGCAGCCAUGGCCAGGCAGUCGGGCUGCUCAACAGUAACUAUCGCUGACGUCGACCAAGGCCGCGUCGACUUCGCCAUCGCCAAGGGCUUCGCAACACACGGCUACGUCGUGCCCCGUCCCCUGCACACCUCCUCCAGUUGCUCUUCAAUAUUCAGCGGCAGCAGCAGCAGCUCGGGCACUUCGACUCCAGUCGACGGCCUCAUGACGCCCGCCAGCACGCUCUCGAUGCAAAGUCGAUUCGACUACGCCAAGUCCCUCGCCGCCGACAUGCUCUCCCUGACCUCGUCUUCGUCAAAUCCGCUCCUGGUCGACGACGAAGAUGACGGCGUCGACGUCACGUUCGAGUGCACCGGCAAGGAGGUGUGCAUGCACACUUCGUUGUAUGCCACCCGGCCCGGAGGGAAAGUCAUCAUGGUCGGCAUGGGCACCCCCGUGCAGACGCUGCCCAUGUCGGUUGCGCACUUGCGCGAGAUCGACAUCCUUGGUAUCUUCCGGUAUGCCAACACGUACGCGACGGGCAUCAAGCUGCUGUGCGCGCGGGGGUCUGUCCUGCCGUGUUUGGACGACAUGGUGACGCAUCGGUUCAAGGGGCUCGAGAAUGCCCAUCAGGCGUUUGAGCUGGCGAGCCGGACGGUUGAUGAAGAGGGGAAUUUGGUGUUGAAGGUUGUUAUUGAGGCUUAGGCUGCUUUGUGUGGUUUGUCUUGUUAAGGAAAAGAGGGCUUGGUGGUUUGAUAUCCCGGACGGGAAGUGGUUUUCGCGCGGUUUCAGUGCCAUUUCCCGUGAUUUUGGUCCUGCUUUGGCAGUCCUUCUGGGGACAACACCAGUUUCUUGGUAUCUGCUUACGAUAGACGGGUUGGCUGGGAUGGGUUGGGUGGUUGGGGCUGGAUUGUUUUUCUUUUUCUUUUCUUGUCUAGGACGAAAGAAACGCUGGGGUAUAGACAAUGGGCAGGCCUGAUUUCUACUGAACUACUU